GAUUAUGGAGUCGUUUCGACAAACAGCAAGUCAGAACUGGGCCGACUUUAAGGUGUUUCUGUACAACAAGGAAACCAAAGAAGUUGGUGGCAGAACUGGAAAAAGUUGGGCGGAGAUUGGCGUGUUCUACCUGGUGUUCUAUCUUCUGCUGGCCGGAUGGUGGGCCUUCCAUCUGUUCGUGGCCACCAGUCUGCUGCCAGAGGUAGAGGACGGACCCAAGUACACGGACUACCUAUCACACAGGGGACCAGGUCUGCACGUGGUUCCCCAGGCAGAUGUCAUUGGAGCGGACAAGCAGAGGGUGUACUUCUACAAUGACAAGGAGGAGUACUUGGAAACCAUUGACUCUUUCAUUCAAGAUCACAACACAACUGACAAGGACUCUUGGGGUGAAUGUUCGAAGGCCAACGUGAAGGACUCGUGGGACAGCUACAAGCCAUGCUUCUACUUUUACCUAAACGCAGUUCACAACUUCGUGCCUGAGCCCAUGGAGGAAGGAAAAGGCGUUAAUGUGGAGUGCAAACCAGCAAAAGCCAAGUACGAAAAGUAUUUCAAGAAGGCGGUUGUGUACCCGGAAGCUGGCUUUGACCUUAGCCACUUCCCCUGGAAGUACGGCAUGGACUGGCGCAACGAGGCCCCCCUAGUCGUGGUCCAGAUCGAACUCGACCAGGAAAACUUCAACAAGGAUGGACUGGAGGCUAGGAUUGUGUGCAGCGUGCAGGCCGCAAAUGUGCACUUGGACAUUGAGAAGCCCAAUAUCGGCUCAGUCGACUUCAGAAUCCGAAAAUAGACUAAGAACAAAAAGAGGUCCUCGCUCUGUUGGUCGAAAGAAAUAGCCGAUUUGAAUCUAUAUUUAUCCAUCACUUGCGCACUAUAACAAAAGCAGACGUCUUAAAACAAGUGUGAAGCAAGUUUCAAACUUGAUGUCUGAAAGUCGGACUAUGUUUCACUUAACAACUAGGCAAUAGUAUACACUUGCAUUGAUACAUUUUAUUACAGCGAUUUCAAACAAAAUAAGGAAACAACUUUUUAAAGUGCAUUUCUUGAAUUAUUUAAAAAAGUAGAAUAUUUAUGAAGAGGUAUAAAUGUUUUGAAGUAAGUUGAUUAACCUGUUUUUCUGUUUCUAUCAAAUUAAGUUCUUGCCCCGUAAGUCGAUGCAUUGUAAUAAGCUACGAGGAGUAAUGGCCUUGGCUACUAUGAAAAAUAGAAGUGUUUUUUAUCACAUUGUGGCAUCAACUUUUUAUGUGGCCGUUUCUACGAUAAAACUAGCCUUGAGUUAUGAAAAAUGGUAUCAGUUUCUGCAACUUAUAUGUUUUAAUGUCGAUCUAAUAUUGAAACUAUUUUGUUCGUAAGAACCACUGCGCAUUUCAACCAGUGCAAUAAUAUUUAUGAUGAUUACUUUUUGAUAGUCAAAUUCCAGUGUUCACUUAACAGGAAGACCGAUAAUCCUUAGAAACCAAAUGCAAUAAAUAAAAUAUGUAGUUAUUUAUUGUGUUCAAUUCCCUGCUUAAUGGUGCAAUAAGAGAAAGUCAACGCAUGAUCCUCGUCAUAAAUUUCAUCAUCACAACUUUCAAAUUUUAAAAGAAAUUGCCAACGAGAUUACAAAAGCAUGCUUUGAAGAUGCGCAGCUCCCACUUAUAUAUAUGCUGCAAAUUUUCCACUAAUGAAAUAUGAACUGUAUUUUUUAACUGUUGAAAAAAGCAAUUCAAUUUGAACAGGCAGUGUUCAAGUGAUUUUUGAAUGAUGAUGGUUGUGAAGUUCUGUUGGCAAAAAUGGCGUUAAAGCACUGACCAAGUCACUACUACCUACCAAACGUAUGAAUUCUAUGUACACUACUACUACUCAAUGAAUUAAUUUUUUUUCACGUAA